AUGGAUUUUACUACUGAAGGUCUCCGUUAUAACUUUUUCCAUGGAUUACGAAAGUAUGAUAUAGAUUUUAACCAGCUUAUUCGUGAUGAUCAUCUUUUUCAUAAAUUGGUUGAAUUACUUCAUUGGGGCAAUCAGCAUUUUCAGCAAGGAUUUAAAAUUCACGCGCCGACUGAAGAUCCAUCGUACCUGGCUGAAUAUUUCGCUAUUGGUAUGGGAAAAAAGAAAAUCACGAAAUCACGUAUCGCUGUCGUUGCUUUAGCUCGUUAUUACAGUCAAUAA